CGAAUAGGUUUUGAGAUAUAGUCGUUAUAAGCAAUUUGCAGCGAAACAUUUAAUACGGCGAACCAGCGUUCUUUCUAAUACGCGUGACCGCCCCCGCCCCUCUCACCCCGCAUCUUUCGAUUGCCCUUAUUACUAUUUUAAAGUAAAGUAUCAGCCUGUAAGAUCCCAUUACUGGGCAAAGGCCUCUCAUCUCACUAUACGGUCUCCGUUCCGUCACGGGUAAUGAUGUGGGCCAAGUCGUCGCCAAGUCGCAUAACAAUUAGCAGCUAUAAUUGAUAAAGCCGAGGAGGAUGUUUGCAAAAAUAAAUAUGAUGCCCAAAAUAACUAUUCCACGCGGACGAAGUCGCGGACACAGCUAGUGGAUGUCAUAAAAGGCGACUAAGGAAUAGGUUUACACAAACAAACAAACUUGGGAUUCUUUUUUUAGGCGAUAGGUUAUCAACCUGUUACUAUUUGAAUCUCAAUUCUAUCAUUAUGACAAAUAGCUGAACGUGACCAUUCAGUCUUAUCAAGACUGUUGGCUCUGUCUACCCCGCAGGGAUAUAGACGUGACCAUAUGUAUGUAUGUAUGUAACUACCAGUAUAGACCUACAUCUUAUUAGCGUACCAGGCCCGACACGCACUUGGACCGUUGGACGUUUUACAAAUUUAUUGAUUGAAGUAAUUUCAGCGGACUUUUUGGCGGGAACUCAAACGUGAUGUUGCUUGUGCUGUAAUAUUUUUUCAAAAUAUUUGUUUGAUAUACUAUUUAUGUGGUUUAACUAUUUAAUUUGUGAGUGUGGGGAAUUUUGAUUAAUAAGUGUUUGUGGACAAGCGUGAGAGUUGGAGAGUGUUACAAUAUUAUUGAAUUGAAUGACUGAUGUUGUUAUAAAAAGUACCCAGAAAGGGCGAAGUAAAGCACCAACAGCUAUAACUCGAUCGAUAAAAAGUUUAAUUCUAUGACUAGAACUAGCUAAACCAUACUGACAAUAAUAAGCUCAUGUGAAGAAGUUUAAUUAAAAAACGAAGAAAAUGGAAAAUGAAGUAGUUUUAGCGCAAUCUCGUAUCCAAUAGCUGUUCUCUGCUUCAAAAAGCACUCCUGAAUGUUUAUUCUGUUCGCGAGAUUACCUUUCCACCUUCCCUCUCUUUCUAUCUUUACAACAUUCGUAAAUGCUCGGCCACUUCUGCUUUUUUUUGUUAUUUUUAUAACCUAACCUUCAAUCUGUUUUAUUGAGCUUAAGUCGUUAAUUUUAUCAAUUCUCGCAAUCAAUAUUCAGGAACUUUCGCAAAUUAAACUAGUGAAUAAGGUGUCAGUGUUAUUAUCUUAGGGUGAAUAUUAUCAUAAUAUUAUUAGUAAAUAAAGAAAAACCCUUUAUUUAUUAUAAAGUAAUGAAGUGCUGUGUUGUGAAUUGUACAUCUUCCACCCAAACAGGAGAUAAAAAUAUAUCUUUUCACUCAUUCCCAUCGGACGAAGCUUUAAAACUAAAAUGGAUCGAAGUUAUAAAUAAAUUUAAUUGGGCGCCAAAAACACAGAGCAGAGUGUGUUCAAUUCAUUUUAAGGACACAGACUUUCUUUCAGAAUUGAAUAACGGCUAUAGGAUGCUUCGAGUGGGAGCAUGUCCUUCACUUACAAAACAGUUUCAGUGCGAUAAGCUAGCCAAGAGGUCCAGGAAGGCAGGCCCAGCUAUUACCGUUUCUGCAGAACGAUUUGCUCGUCAGGAACAAGUCGCACAACUGAACAAUCGGUUGAACGAUUCCGUUCUUGAUUGGCUGGGCCUGGAGACAUCACCAACCCACACUGACCUGACACAAGAAAUACCUUCCAUUACACUGGAUCUCGUGCCAACUACACAAGCGCCCAGUGUGUUGAGAAGUGAUCUCAGUAUCGAUGAAGGAGAUACUGCAAAUAUAGGCAAUAAAAUGGAAGACGACAACUCGGACGAUGUUAUCAUGACGAGCAGUUGUAGCGAAAUUGACCAGAUGAUAGAAGUACCGGAUGAUAAACCUUUAAUGCACCUUUUCAAACGCCUCAUUGGUGAUAACAAACAAAGCACGAUGCUGACGAACACACAGAUUAUAAAUAUCCUACAAAAAGAGCUUGAUUUGGAUGUUGCGUUCCUGCAUGAUCUCGAGGUAGAAGUAUACCUCAACCUCAUGAAGAAAUUCCUCAAAGACUGGGCACAGUGGGAUAUGUUCGACCUCUCCAUCAAUAAAUUAAAAGAACAAAGAAACUAUGAUUCAAUUAGAACAUUACUACAAGAAACUCAUCUGAAAUUAAAAAGUUAUUUGAAAGAAAUACUUAAUAAAGCAACACCAAUAAUGAAAGAAAUGAUAGGGAAUUCUAUAGAGAAAAAUAAAAAUGAAGAAGGCAAAGGUGAAAGUACUGUGUUCAUGGAGAUUUACUGCACGAGGGACCAACUCAAUGGGGCUAUACUACGUAGACCUACAGCGAAUAACUCAAUUUUCAAAAUAAUAGACGAUCCGGUAUUAAAAAACAACCUGUCGCAUAAAUGUAUACUCAAUUGGUGGGACGUACAAGUAAAAAUAAAUGUUAACGGAUUCCUUUAUCAACGGGAGACAGUACACGAGUUGAAGCAUACUUUAGUUAACAAGAAAUUGAAUAAAGAUGAAAAUUGUGUUGUCAAAUUGAAUGAGAAAUGGCAAUCCAGACCCAAGAAGGGUAUUUUAAAAACCAGUAUUGUAGAGACUGAUAUUUCUGAUAUACUCAAUAUGAUAAAUAAAAUAGUCCAACACUACAGCAAAUAUGAUAAAUACAGGAACAUAGUUGAAGCAGUUUUUGAACAAAUUUCUCUAGAUCUUAACGGAGCACCUGAAAUUAUCAAUCUGUUCACAGACUAUCGCCGGUACAUGAGUAAAUAUUCAUACGUAAGAUACUUGUUCUCUGAAAACAGUGAAGACUUACCAUUGGAAGGUAACUUGUACGAUUUACAGUUGAAGGAGGUGGUGUCACCGAGAUUUGUAUUCCAAGCUGGCAAGCUUGAAUUCCCAGAAGAGGAGUUUCCUGAUAAUUUGGACUGGAUAACGAUAAAAUGUGGGUUAUGUAAAGAGAAAAAGGAGUGCUUUAGUGGGGAUGAUUUAGACAGUGCUAUGGUUAGUCAUUUCUCAAAUUGUCACAGUAACGAACCGGACUUUCAAUGUGUUUUGUGUAAAAAUUCAUUUACUAUGGCUGAGCUGGCUGAGAACAGAUGGGAACAUAGCUGCUGAUAUUCGGUAGAAUAGAGUAGAAAAUAGUGCUAGUAGAGAAGGUGGUUGAACAGUUAAAAUGUGCAAGGAAUGCGUGUGGGAGCACCAGUUAAACUCCUACCUCUGGUAUGUGGUAAUGAAUUUUCUGUGUUGUGUACAUUAGUUUCAGUGGUAACCGUUGUUCGUAUGGCAAGACAAAACAUAGUGAGAAAACCCUUUAGGCAACUGAAUGUGCAGGAAUUAGGUUCCCCUGCAAAGGUUUCAGAGGUCACAUUGAUGUCGCUUCGUGUAAAAAUCUGACUCCACCCCAUCUAUGGUCAAAGGCGAACCCUGGGCUCUGCUCCAGAAUGAUGAGGACUAAUACCAGGCACCCGUAACAUAGCACAGGAAAAAAACUAUUGCUGUUGCGUUUCACGUCGUAAUAAAAAACGAAACGGCGAUAGUUUCUCGCGCGAUAUAAAUAGCUGGAGGAAGAAAAGUAGAAAGGGAUGCUGUGUGGUUCCUUAUAUUUAGAAUAGUCUACCUUAGAUGAAUGUCAUACAUACAUAUAAUCACAUCUAUAUACCUUGCGGGGUAGACAAAGCCAAAAGUCUUGAAAAGAUUGAAAGGCGACCUUCAAAAUGUAAGGAUUAAUGAUUGAAUCAGAACAAUCUGACCUAAAAACAUUAUUAUUGUUUGGCUUAGACGUAAUUAUAUAUACAUAUGUAUGGACCAAUUCGCAUUUAGUGUAAUCACCUUUUAUUCGCAAUAGGCUAUUUGACAAAGUUCUAAAAACUAUCUUAGGGUAUUUAUUUAUUGAUAAGGAGCCCUACAAAAAUACUUUUCUGCCUUUAUUACAGCUAUUUUAUUAAAAAAUCGAAAAAGAAAAUGAAAUAUUCAAAUAUGCCGCCAAAACGCGACUUUUAGCAAUAUGGCGGCCAUGGCAUGCAGUGACGUAAAUUUCGUGUAAAUAUCAUACAAAGCUUGUUGGUGUUUCGAAAAGUUUUGAUUUUCUCUUGUUUUAUUUAACUUGUGCCACACGUCAUAUGUGUGAAAAUUAUUAAAAUGAGUUCCUAUAAAUGUUGUGCAGUGCCUCAAUGCACUAAUACAACAAUAAAAUCUCCUACGAAACUGUUUUUUUCUAUACCGAUGGAUUUAAAUAUUCGCAAGAAGUGGUUUCAGAUCAUGAUCUAAGAUCAGUGGUUACCAAGAUAUACUUACAUUGAUGUUUUCACAUUCUUCAGUUCGGCAGCAUAGAAAUCUGGAUUGUCUUUGAAGAAGACAAUCCAGAUUUCUUCUUUCAACCAUUAUUGCGUCCACUUUUGGUAGGUUUUGACUGUCAGCUUUCGCGGAAUUGGUUUCCAUUAUUAAAUACCUAUGUUAUCUGAGUAAUCCUGAGCGAUCAAAAACUUAUAAAAUCUUGAAAAAUAAUAGCGAACACUAAGGAACGGUACGAUCCACAGUCUGUUUAUGGAUAAUUGACGUCAUAAUAGAAAUAGCUAAUCGCGUUCGUUUUUAGUCACGUGACAGCUGCAUAUAAAAACCUAAUAUUCUGAGACUGAUUUUAUUUAAAUAAUGCAAUAUUUUUAUCUCGCGUUAUUACAAAUCGCUCCAAAAAAAUAAUAUUAAGACUGAUGACAUAAAAGAAAUGUAUAUUUUUAAUACAGUCAAAUAGCCUAUUGGACCUAAUAAUUAUUAUUAUUUGGUUAGGUAUAUGGGUAAGGCACUAAGAUUUAUGUAGAUACGGUUAUAUUAUGUACUAAAAUAGAUUCUAUAAUAAGGUUAAGAAUGAUUAAUAUAUAUUUUUGUACAUUUAUUUCAAUACUUUUAUUGAACUUAAAUAGAUUUUAUUAUUCGGAACUGAAACCCUAAUCUUGCGAUAAUGCUAUAAUUUGUAAUGUAGAUACAAGUGUUUUGUUGUGUCUGUAUGAGACAUGACAAUGAAUGAAUUCUGUAAGGCAGCUAAAGUAAGUCUAAUUAAAGUCUGUGGUGCAUAUUGUUUGAAAAUAGUGAUAAAAAAUCGUAUUUUAAAAUUUUUGAGAUUAUUUUUUACAUAUUCUCCAACCUCACCAGUUGCAAAAAAAAGUAUUAAAAACGAUAUAUCUUUUCAAAUAUAAUAAAAUUUGUUUGUUUGUUUGUAAAACCUUUAUUGCACCGGAAUUUACACAGUUACAGGAAAUAGU